AUGGGUCUCACGUUGGCAGCUGCGUUGCUUCUGGUCACUGCUGGGGCUAUUGGAGGACGAGCAUCUGCUUCUUGGACUUAUGCUGGUUGCUACUACGACGAUGUAAACAACCGGAUCUUGAUGCACCCGUCUUAUACGGACUACGAUAUCCAGACGGUAGAAACAUGCACUUCUUACUGUGCUGCGAACAAUUUUGCCGUGGCUGGUGUUGAGUACAGCUCCGAAUGCUACUGCGACUAUGCGCUUCCAGCUGGCGUCACCAAGGAGCCAGAGACAGACUGCUCGAUGACUUGUGCUGGCAAUUCCUCGGAGACCUGCGGCGGGCCCAAUAGGCUCAGCGUCUACACUACCGGAGCUGCCAUUUCAGGACCGUCUACCAACCCCGGGCCAAAUGGCUGGACUUUCGUCUCAUGCUAUACUGAUUCUGUCAACGCGAGAACACUCAAUACGGCGCAGGACGUUGCAGCUGGUGCGAGUGGGAUGAGUGUCUCGCAGUGCACGGCAGCUUGUAAACUUGGCGGGUAUAGCUAUGCCGGACUUGAGUAUGGUCAACAAUGCUUCUGUGAUAGCACAAUCCGAAGUACUGGCUCGAAAGCUACGGGUGGCUGCGACAUGCUAUGUGCUGGUAAUGGUAGCGAAUACUGCGGAGGCUCUGAUCGGCUGAACAUCUAUCAGACGACUGUGAGCUCGCCACCGAGCACUGGCUCUGGAGGUAUACCAUCUGGCUGGACUGCUAUGGGCUGCUGGACAGAUAACGGCGCCAACCGUACAUUGGCCACACAGCAGUCCGUACAAGGCGGUUCUAGCAAUAUGACGAUCGAAAAUUGCUUGGCGGUCUGUACAAGCAAUGGCUUCACCAUUGGCGGAACUGAGUACAGCCAAGAAUGUUGGUGUGGCAGCUCAAUCCUGAAUGCUGCGACUUGUGCCUCUGAUCAGACGACCUGCUAUAUGCCAUGCAAAGGCAAUAAUGCCGAAACCUGCGGUGGCCCUGACAGGCUCAACCUUUAUAUUUCUGGUAGCAGUCCACUUCUGACAGCAUGCUCAGCGGUAAGCUCUUCGACUUCGACCUCAUCUGUGUCAGGCACUAGCAAGGGCAGCACCUCAUCUACUACGAUCUCGAUCUCGACCAGCUCUGUCAGCAGCUUGACGUCCACUUCAAGCAUAUCAACAAGCACAAGCUCUUCGUCUGCUCCCACCACUACAUCCACAACCUCAAGUCUGACAUCAAGCACCGUAACGCCGAGCACAUCCUCCACAUCCUCUCCAGCCUCCAUAACACCCACAACCACCUCCAGCUCAACCCUCUCAACCUCCACCCUCUCCACAGGCACCUCCUGCGCCACAACAAAACCAACCUCAACCGCCUGCCCAACCUUCUGGACCAACAUAAUCGCCGACCUCGCCCCCUUAAUGCGCGACACAGACGGGAACUGCACAGACCUAGCCCGCGGCGCAAUCCGCUACGCCUUCCACGACGCCGCCGCCUACAGCACCAAGACCCCCUUCUACUGUCCCGCAGCCGGCGGCGCCGACGGCUCCCUCCUCCUCUCCUCAACAGAAAUAAACCGCACACCCGACAACGACGGCCUAGCACCUUUCCACGCGAACCUAACAGCGAAAUACAACGCAUACAAAGCCCUCGGCUACGCAGUAGGAGCCGCCGAUCUAAUCCAAGUCGCGGGCGCUCUAGGCGUCAAAGCCUGUCCCGGCGGGCAAUUCGGGCGUGUCUACGUCGGCCGCCAGGACACUACGACCGCGGCACCACCGAAUCUCCUCCCUGUGGCUUUCGGGCCGGGAGCAGACCACGAUACUAUUCUCGCUCUGUUCACGGAUAAAGGGUUCUCUGCUCGCGAUCUAGCGGCGCUGAUAGGUGCCCAUACGACUUCUAAGGCCAAUUUCCAGACGGCCGAGGGUAUUCCGGUGGGUACACCACAAGAUACCACGCCAGGACAAUGGGAUGUCCUGUACUACAACGAAACGCUUUACUCGCCUGCGGCGAACGGAGGUGGAUACGGCCGCUUCGAAAGCGACAUCAACCUCAGUAAGAAUGCCUCUAGUGCGGUAGGGAAGCAGUUCCAGUCCUUUGUCGGAGCGCAAGCGGCGUGGGGAGCGAGUUUUAGCAGUGCGUUUCAAUUCAUGAGUACGCUCGGCGUCCCGAGGAAUGUUAAGGCGAAUCUGGUGGAUUGUACUGAUGUGAUUACUGGGACUGUAUUCGCUUCUUGA